AAUUCCAAAAAAAAAAAAAAACAUGCUGGUUUUCUCUCUGAAUUCGACUCCACCCAUAAUGGCCCCUGGUUUUCCAUACCAUUCCCUCUGUUUAUAUAAUCUCUUCAAUUUCCCUUUUACUUUUCCUUCAAUCAAACCCAAAUACUUUGAUCUAAAUAUCCCAUCUUUAUAUACUCCCACAGAUACAGAUCUACGUAUAUUACUGUGUUCUUCCUCAUACUAUAAAAUUCCUGCACACCAGCUGUUUGAUUAAAUUCCCCAAAGAGAAGAAAAUUGUUAUAACCAUGAAAAUGGAAGGUGGGUUGGUUGAACAUAGAAUGGAGAUUGGUGGGUAUGUUAAUGGUAAGAUUAUUAAGAAGAAAAAAGUGAGAAGGAGAUCGUCUUCUACAUCAAUUACUACUGAUACUACAAUGAAGAAGGAGUUACCAUCUUUCACUUUGCAGCAACUUUAUAGUUAUUGUAAAAAUGUUUUUAAAGGUCCUGGGGUUGUUCCUCCUCCUCAAGAUGUUCAGAAUCUUUGCAAUAUACUUGAUAACCUGAUACCUGAAGAUUUUGGACUGAGUAGAGAUCUCCCGUUUUUCAAACCUGGAAGUUGUGUUAAAGGAAAUCCAAGGGUCACAUACACCACAGUCCACAAGUGUCGAGAUUUUUCACUGGUGAUUUUCUUUCUACCAGCAUCAGCUGUCAUUCCUCUUCACAAUCAUCCAGAAAUGACCGUUUUCAACAAACUUCUUUUAGGUAAAAUGCAUAUCAAAGCGUAUGACUGGGCUGAAUCAGUAGAUAUGGAAUGUCGCAAACAAUCUUCAUCAAAGAGGCUGGCAAGAUUAAAAGCUAACAGUGUCUUCACCGCUCCAUGCAACACAUCAGUCCUGUAUCCAACCACAGGAGGCAAUAUCCAUGAGUUCACAGCCAUAACACCAUGUGCUGUGCUUGAUGUUCUUGGACCACCUUACUCAAAAGAAGAUGGCCGUGACUGUUCAUAUUACAAAGAAAUUAUGUCCACAUCUUCAGAUGUGAAGUCAGCUGAGGUGAAAGAUGAUGAGAGGUGUUACGGAUGGUUAGAAGAGAUUGAGAUGCCAGAAAACUCGCAAAUGGACGGAAUACAGUAUUUAGGUCCUAAGAUCAUUUAGACUGCUAGCUAACUAGGUAUCUUAAUUACAUGUUCUUUUGUUGUUUGUCUUUUUUUUGGUUAUGGAUCCUUUCUUCCCCACUUUCAUGUAAUCUCCUUGUGUUCUUUUCUUCGCGUUUGGGGAAACUGGAUCUGGGUGUUCUUUAAACCACAGGUUAUAUAAUCUGAUAAUAGUGCAUUGUAGAUAAUUUACAAAAGAACUAGUGCUUCUUUUCAGUGUACCUUUA